AUGCCGUUAAACGAGGCCCCCGCGUCCAAUGGCGAAGCCCAGAACGACUGGAAAGUCGACCCCUCCGUCUUUGCCUUCACGCCGAGAAAGCUGCGUGUAGUGUGUAUUGGAGCAGGUUUCUCUGGUCUGACGAUUGCGUAUAAACUCAAACACGAGACGCCUCUGGAAUUUGUUGAUUUCACUAUCUACGAGAAGAAUCCGGAGGUCGGGGGCACGUGGUUUGAGAAUAUCUAUCCGGGCGUGGCGUGUGAUAUUCCUGUUCACAGUUAUCAGUUCCCGUUUGCGCCUAAUCCCGCGUGGUCGAGCUACUAUGCCACUGGGAAGGAGAUCCAGGAGUAUAUUGUCAGCAUAGCGGACAAGUACGAUCUGAAGGAGAAGGUCAAGUUCAAUACGAAGCUCGUCAAGGCGAUUUGGAGCGAGGUGCAGGGGAAAUGGAAGCUUCAAUUGCAACAGGGUGAGUUCGUUCUGGAAGAUGAGGCCGAUAUCGUACUGGAUGGGAGUGGUGUUUUGAAUAAAUGGAAAUGGCCCAAUAUCGAGGGUCUGGAUACUUUUAAAGGAAAGCUGCUUCAUACUGCUCGAUGGGACCUGGAAUACAACUACGAGGGCAAGAAAAUCGCAGUCCUCGGCAACGGCUCAUCUGGAAUUCAGAUAAUUCCUUCUCUUCAACCCAAAGCCGCAAAGCUAGUGAACUACAUUCGACAUGCUACUUGGAUUUCCCCCAACCUCUGUGGCCAAUUGACGAGGGACGGGAUGGGUACGAACUUCCAAUUCACAUCAGAGGAAAAGCAGCAAUUCCAGGACGAUCCAGAAAAACUUCUGGAGUAUAGAAAAUCCAUUGAGGGGGCUGUCAAUAGCGUGUAUGCCUGGAUGAUCUCGGGAUCUGAGGAAAAUAAGGCCCUUUAUGAGGUGGUACAUGGGGUAAUGCGAAGCCGCCUGUCCAAAAGCCCAGAGCUGCUCAAGACACUGAUACCGGCGUACGAGGUUGGAUGUCGACGUAUUAGUCCCGGCGACGGCUAUCUGGAGGCUAUCCAGGAAGACAACGCCAGGAUCACCUUGAGUAAUAUCAAUCGCAUUACACCCAACGGAAUCGAGACGGACGAAGGAGAAGAGGAAUUUGACUUGAUCGUCUGCGCGACUGGCUUUGACUACUCAUUCAUUCCUCCCUGGGAGCUAAUCGGCCGUGACGGUCGCCGCCUUGAUGAGGAGUGGAAGGACAUACCAGAAGCAUACUUUGCGACAUGUGCUGGCGGAGUUCCCAACUAUUUUAUGUUUGGUGGACCAAACUACCCCAUUGGCCAUGGCUCUUUGCCUGCGGCACUCGACUCCUCCGCUGACUAUAUGUUGCAAUGGAUCAAGAAGAUUGCGGUGGAGGAUAUCAAAUCGGUCGUAGUGAAAGACUCCGUGGUCCGUGAUUAUAACAAAUUUGCGCAAGAAACCCUGAAGCGCUGUGUCUGGUCCAAGGGCUGUCAUGCCUGGUACAGUAAAAGGAACGAAGGAGCCGACAACACUGUCACUGCCAUGUAUCCAGGAAGUGCACUUCAUUUCAAAGCCUGUAUGGAAAAGAUUCGCCCCGAGGAUUUUGAGAUCCAAUAUAAUACCACCAAUCCCUUCAGAUUCAUGGGGAAUGGACAACUGGCGUUUGAGCGAGUCCCUGGCGCUGACCUGGCUUUCUAUUUGAAGUAG